AUGAAGGCAGAAGUAACCAAGAGCAAAUUGUCUAAGGAAGAGUAUGAGAAAUUCAAAAGAGCUGAGAGAAGAAAGAACAAUAAGAGCAAAAAGAAAUGCACUAAAGAAAAGUAAGAAAUUAUAGAGGAGGUAGUCAAAGGUGAUGAAGAGUAGAUUAUAUAUGAUGAAGAGACCUUUCAAGAGAUAGAAGUAUAUAUCAGAUUGAAUAGUGUAGAUAGAUGCUCUUAUUACAGGGAAACAUUAUGACAAUUUUAAACAGGUUUUUGAUAAUUUCAAUUAACAUACUGAAAGAUUGAUGAUGAAGACAUAUGAAAAGGUUUAUGAGAAUGAAAAAGAAAAGGAAANGAUUAAGAAUAUAAUUAAUUAUUUGAUUUCUUUAUUAAUGGAAUCAGUUUAAGAUCUACUCUACAUGAAUUCAUUACAUCAAAUGAAAUUGCAACUGAAAAAACAUUAUAAAUAGAAUAUUUAUUUGCUGUACCAGAACCUAAACUUAAGCAAACUAUAAAUAUGA